CAUCAUGAAGUGGUCAACGACUUUGUUCGGCGUCGUCCUCUGCCUCUGCGCCCUUGCAGCGACACGUGUGCAGGGACAGACAGUGGCAACGGAUGCCAACCCUGGCGAAUUCCCUUACGUGGUGAAUCUUAAUUUGCUGGAUAAGGCGUACCCGGUAACGGCUCUAGGACUUGUUGUCAGUGGCAGAUAUCUCCUGACUUGGGAUAAAGCAUACGUUCAAGGAGAUGUAUCGAAAAUGAAAAUUAUUGAUCAGCUGGGCGUGGUUCGCACACCGAUCAAGAUUGAGAAAAUUGUUUCUGACAAUUUCGCGUACGUCAAGUUUUGCAAAAUAUUUAAAGGGGCAAAGUAUCCGAUGACGGCGUCGCUUUUCAACAAUCUCUCAUCAAAGGUUAGCGCAUCAUUGAUAUUUUUCAACGGCACCUCGCACGUACUGAAGAAAGUUGCAGCAAUGGCAUUCGACAACGUAACUUGCGCUUCAAACGAAGGAAUAGACGAUGCUACUAAAAUAAUUUGCAUGGCGCGGGAUACCACCGUGGGAUUUUGCAAUAUGCUUACCGACAGUGCGGUGAGCCCGACUUACAUGUGGAAUUCGAUGUUAGCGAUCAAUGGCCAAGUGCAAGGCGCUAACUUUAACCUCAGAUGUGGCACCAAUGGUGGCAUGAUCGGUGUUUUUCUUUUUAAAAACAUCGAUUACUACCGCAGCGACAUACUAAAUGAACUCCCCAGUGUUGACAUCAAAUAAAGCAAUCCAUCUUGUGUGUUAUUGGUAUAUCGAAUCAG